AUGCCGACAGUGGCCCCGGACUCUAGUACUGCUGCAAUCACAGCACCACAAUCAGACGCGAAUAUUGGCGCAUCUGACCAGAUGACUACCCUCACGGUGCCUGAAACAAAUCUAGAAGAUUGUGAGAAUGUCGCAGCUCUUCAAGCGGGAAAUGCAAAGCAAAUCCAGUUGGAGUCUGAGGUGCAUGACCUGAAAGCCACGAUAUUGGCGCUGGUCAAGAAACAAGAAGAGUUGGCGGCACGUGAAGCUGAGUUCAGAGAGCCUUUUAUACUAUCCGACGAGCAUCGGCUGGCUCUACAGCAUCGCCGUUACAAUCCCGACUCGGAUGACUCGGAUGACGAUGACUACGUUCAAUUUGACCAUCGCAGGAGGCAUAUGGAGCGUGUUUAUAUGCGGGAGCUGAAAACGCUGAAGAGAGAAAAGGAAAUGAUCAAAAAUAUUCGGGAACUUCGGAGAGAUAGGGACACACUCCUCGGAAAAGAGCAAGCUUGGGAGAAAGAGCGCCUCGACAUGAUGAAUAGACAAAAGCACCAGUCGCGGGAAAGCAAUCAACCGGAUGAAAAUACACAGGACGAUAAUGCGCAGGCAUCUGAGAGAAGCGCUCAUAUUGAGACAAAUGAUGAGACGGGAAUAGCCGAAGCAAUCCUCCCAGACCCUACGGAAACAGCAGAGCCCAAGCUCAAUUAUGUCGAGUGGUCAAGAUUCUCCGUGCUCAGAUCUAUCCCGGAGAGAAGUUCGUUUGCUAUCGAUGUAUUAGUGGGCGAACCCAUAAUUCAAUUUGCAUGGACAGGCUACUAUGGGUCAAAUAACUCGAAACGAGGCCGUGCGAAGGAGGAUGGGACAGCUGCUUCCAAAAGUGUGAAAGAAAAGUUGCCUGGACAGGGACCUCUGCCCGAACGCAUCCGAAUCCACUCCACUCCAAUUCUCAAGAUUCUCGAAACGAUAAGCGGGAAAAGUCUUACCUUGGAUGAUGAUACUGUCGUUAUGGUCCGGCCAUUCAAGUUUCUGGUAUACUACAAGGAUCAGAUACGGCACAAAUUCCAAAGCCUCACAGAAAAGUUCGCCGGUGAAGUAGGCAUUGUCGGAGAUGGUGUUGCUUUUACUCCUUUGCCAGAAACCCCGAGCGGAACCAGAUCGAAUAGUCUCGACAAGAAUGCUGAACAGCCGAGCACGGCUUUGCCAGAAGUAAGCUUCGAUGAGGCUGCCAAAGACGAUGAUGACGAAGAUGAGAGCACGACAUCGAUUACUGCUCUUCGUGCUCUAGGGUGUUUGGUUGAAUUCAUCGACUCUGAGAUCCAACCAAAGUUGGAUUAUCUGGAAAGUGACAAUUGCACGAGGGUUUCUUUCACGGACAUCUGGUACUUGUUCAAGCCUGGAGACGAAGUUGUUGACCAAGGCCGUAAGCAGGCCUACAGAGUGAUUGAGGUGGCCAGCGUGAGCCACAAAGCGAUCUCGCCCUGGCGCAACUAUGACAAAGAGGCGGCAAAAUCUGACCAAAUCCCUGUUCGUCUCCACUGUGUACAUGUGGACUUUGAUGGCAAGAAUAUCGGCCCUGUGAGCGAAGUUUUUGAAAUUCCAAGGUUCGAUGGAGAAAUGGCCAUUACAUCGCUUGAUGUCUAUCCUCUGCGGUACUUGAAAGAGAGCGGAGUGUUCCGAGAACAGCUUAUUUCCAGGGGGAAAAUGUUCUUAGAUGUGGCAGGCAUCAGGCACAUGCACUACAAUGGACUAACGUUAGUUGCAAGGGAAGAGGUGGACAGCCAAGUGGUGAUUGACUUUGAGGAAGCAUUUGCAUCGAAAGAUUACAGCAAGCUGAGGCCAAAUAUCGAAGAGUUGAUCGGAAAUUCACAGCUAGAAGGAGAAGGAGACGAAUCAUGCCAGUUUGAAUGUUGCCAAGAUGAGAAUAUCCACAAAGACAAAGACACGGACAUGAAACAUAGCCAGGACUAUGUUGCUAGUCUGAUACCAGAAGGUCGAAACAAGCUCCCUUCACUGGCAUUAUACCCUCGUGCGUUGACGGAUGAGACUGCAUUAACCGAGGAUGAGCUUGUCAUAAUAUCCUAUCGUGUCUUUGGCUUCGUGCUGCGAAGCAGGAAAUGGGCCACACUAGAUCUCACACAUCUUAGUCCAGUCAACUCUGGCGAGGGCCACAAGAAGAUGGUUCUGUCUCUGGUAGCCCAGCAUUUCCGGAAUAAGGAGUCCUCUACGGCCGAUACAGAGCAGGUUGAUAUUGUCCGCGGUAAAGGCAAGGGUCUGAUCCUCCUUCUCCACGGAGCUCCUGGUGUCGGAAAAACAACAACAGCCGGAGACUUAGGAGCAACAGCAAAUGAAGUCGAGCUUGCGCUUGAGACAAACUUUGCUUUGGCCAAUAGAUGGGGUUGCAUUCUUCUGCUCGAUGAAGCUGAUGUCUUCCUCACGGCACGAGCGCCGCAAGACUUUACCCGCAACGGUCUAGUAGCAGUGUUCCUCCGUGUAUUGGAGUACUAUGCGGGCGUCCUGUUCCUUACUACAAAUCGGAUCGGCGACUUUGAUGAGGCCUUUGUAUCACGGGUUCAUAUCAGCCUGUUCUACCCUCAGCUCGAUCUGAAGUCCACACAAGACAUCUUCAAGCUCAACCUGAAGCUGAUCGAGAAACGCUUCAGGCAAAACGAGCGCAUCAUCCGUAUUGACCACGACAGCAUACUCCAGUACUCGGAGAAUUACUGGAAGGAGUACGAAAAGAUGCGAUGGAAUGGACGCCAAAUUCGAAACGGCUGCCAGACUGCUUUGGCGCUUGCAGAAUUCGACGCCCAAGGCGGUAGCUACGAGCGCAUCAAAGACGCCAAUGCCGAGGUCAAACUACAGGUUGAGCAUUUGAAGACGGUUUCCUUGGCAUACCUGGACUUCAGUACCUAUCUAAAGGAUAUUUACGGCAAAGAUGCUGAUCGAAGGGCAAAAGCCAUUGGAAUUCGCGCAAGAUACGCCGAUACCCACUCGAUGCAGCCAGAGCUGAGCACAGCUGCAAGGCCAUCGAACACACCUUCCUCUACCGUAAAUCAAACGUAUACGCCUGGAUCGGGUGUUCAUCCGGCACAUUCCUCCAUCUCGACAGCGCAAAUUCCCUCCCAGUUCUACUAUGCACAACAAGUUGCUGCAAUGCAACAAGCUUCGCAACAACCCCCAAAUGCGUACGCGCAGUUGCCAGGUCAGACUUUCUGGAACAAUCAAAACAUAGGCGCCACCCCGUUGCAAGAUGGUCAGCAACCCGUGUCGGUACAAAGUCAGUACAGUGCAUAUCUGCAUCCGCAGCCGCAGCUGCAUGGGAUGCAAGGCAGCCAGUCACCCAUACCAGGACAAGGCCAGUUUGCUUCCUACCCAACGGGGAUGCCGGCUACUGGAUAUCUUCCUCCACAUGCCUCUCAGGCAAGCCAGCAGCAACAGGUGCCAGGGGGCGUCAUGCCACCACCGGGGAAUCAAGGCUAG